GUCUCGUCUCGUCUCGUCUCGUCUCGCCUAACCUCACCUCACCUCACCUCACCUCACCUACAGGACUGUUAUAUCUCCUAAAAUCCUACCAGCAUCUACUUGACUACCGGACAAGGCGAUGAAUAGGGUUACCAAGAAGAUAAGCUACUGGUUUAACAACACGGUACAUGUGAACUUGGACCCAUCUACCUCAAAACCGUUCAUUCAUAUAAAGAAACGCAAUUUAAAAGGAGAGAAAAGCGUAAGUCUAACGCCCGAGGCAUUCACGGAACUUGUUCAGAAGCAGGAAGAGAUUCUGGAGGUUGUAGAAGACCUCGAGCUGGUCAACUGUUGCGAUCCUGAUGUGGAUGGCAUCAAUCGAAUCCAUCCGCAUAAAAGACCCGAUUCGAUGAUAAGACCUGUCUCACCACCACCUGGAACAGAAUCUGUCAAGUCAAGACCAAGCUGUAGCGGAUACACACAUGUUGAAAAUGGGAGCGAACACAUCAUCAUCAACAACAACAACAUCGUUGCACAGAACGGAUGCGUGGCUCCCACACCUAUGACAAACCCAAACACCACGCAACCUUGGAAUGGAUACGCGCCCUCUGAACCUCUGCCGGGCGGAAACAACCCACAGCCGUGGAAUGGAUACACGAGGUCAGAACCUCUGCAGUGGAACGGAUAUACGACCUCCCAACCUCUGCAGUGGAACGGAUACACGGGCUCACACCUCCGCAGUGGAAUGGAUACGCGGCCUCUCAACCUCGGCCAGACCAAAAUAACACACAGCAAUGGAACGGAUACACGAGCUCCCAACCUCUGCAGUGGAACGGAUAUACGACCUCCCAACCUAUGCAGUGGAAUGGAUACGCGGCCUCCCAAACUCUAUCAGACCGAAACAAUAUUCACCCAUGGAACGGGGACGUAGCCCACAACGUGUACACGGACGUCAACAACUACAGCACCUGGACUCGACCUGAGGAUGCUAGUACACUUGAAACUACCACUGACACUAACAAGUAGUAUACUUCCUAGGAGUAAUUCAUUCAUUCAU